GCUUGGUCUGUUUGCACAAAGAAAGAGAGAAGAGGGAGGUGAUAACAAACUGUAGGAUAAAGGUGAGGUUCCAUACAGAUAUACAGACAGAAAGAGGAUCAGUUUUACUCGGUCCACUGCAGUACAAAGAAAGAUGAGGUUCCUCAUACUGGCUGUUGUUCUCAUGCUGGUCGUAGCAGGCGGCACGGCCCUGGACUGCCACCACUGCACCCCAGCUAAAGCAGGAGGGGCCUGUGAGGUCACCGCGGUAACCUGCCCACCGGAGAAAGACGCAUGUGCUGCCGCCAAGUUUCGCAGAAGUCCAUACGGUCAUUUCCAAAAGUGCAUGUCCAUGUCAGACUGUGAGAUGCAGAAACAGAACGCCUACAUCAACAUCAAGUGCUGCCAGAAGGACUUCUGCAAUACCUUUGACUGAUCUGUAGCUGCCAUAUAAGAGCAUGAUUCAUAAACAUAUUACACAUGACUAUGCUUCUGAUUUGUGACUAUAAUAUUUGUGAUAUAAAACAAUAUUUCCUCAUUGAUUAUUUAGAUGUGCAAGUUACAAAUAAACAGUCUGUCUCAAUGUGGCAAUAGUCAUUAAAAUAAACUAAAAUAAAUGAUUUUUGGUGA